UAACAUUUAUUCUACUUUUUAUAGAAAAUUUGAGUUAAUAAGGUAGUUUUGAGCCUGUAGAUGACUUAAGCUUUCUUGAGAAGGUUCGUCAUCUUAUCAACAUAGACGAUCUUCUGGUGGAAGACGAAAGGGAAAGGAAACGGCGACUUCUCCAUUCCAAAAUCCUCAUCUCUUCUCUUUUCGGGAGUCAAGAGUAUCUACCAGUCGGAAGCCGAGACACCUUUAUUCCUCGGAUUUGGUCGAUUCGCUUCAAUUAUUCCCUCUUCAAUAGUCGCUACCACCAACCGUGUGGGAGAUUUGCCUCGCGUGAAAUUGUACAGGCGCCAGAUUUAUUGAGCACGACUGCACUAAGUUGGGAAGGCAAGCGGGCUAAGCUAGUUAGCCACCUAGCUUCCCUUGCUAACUAGCUCGCAGUGCUGGUAGGCUAUACCUCACUUUUUUCGGGGGGUGGGUGGGGGAAUAAUUCUAUUUUGGGACUUGUCGGCCGGGUUGUUAACACCUGCCUAAAGCUCGAAUAAACGUUGAAUGCUAGGUUCCCUGAGACGUUUAUUAACAGCGAGCGUGUUCGACACUACCUGCUAGUUAAUACCCUGCGCAUUUAGCCCCAGACGUCAGGUGUAGGCCUCAAUCCAAACCCCGACGUCUCCUGUCUUCUUUUGCCGCUGCCCGGACUCUCCUCCCCGCCCUCUGUGUGUUUGUUUGUGGAUUACCGGACAGCGAGAGUUGACAGCCUCCUCGCUGCCACAUCGUCUUCUCCCUGAGGAGCCAAAAAGCAGACGGCUCAUGACUUCUGACCAGGACACAAAGGUUGUCGCUGAACCACAGGUGCAGCAAGUACAAGAGGCCAAGGACAACGCUCAUUUGGAUUCCGCCAAGGUUUCGGACCUCAACCCCAAUGCCAAAGCAUGGGCCAACCGCAUGUUUAGCGUGGACCCCAGUGGCGGUGCCGACAACUCUGCUGCGACCCUGCGACCAUGGAAGGAUGGCCGCGAAAGCUCAACCCAGCCAGGCUACGAAGCCAGCGAAGAGGACGUCGCUUUCAAGGAGCCACUCAUAACCCCGCCCGAUGAGCCUCCACCGGCGCCGCUAAUGUCGGCCCAAGCUCCCGCCUCCGCCGUGCCCGUCACCCCAGAGCGCUCGGAGCCGGCCUACCCGGACUUCUCCGAGCAAGGGCCCACAGGCAGCGAUCCCCAGCCUGAAAAUCCCCAGGAAAGUUUGAGGGAACACCUGAAGAAAGCCCUGGAGUUCUGCCUUUCCCGGGAGAACCUGGCCAGUGACAUUUACCUCAUCUCCCAAAUGGACAGCGACCAGUACGUGCCAAUUGUGACUGUAGCCAACCUGGAUCACAUCAAAAAACUCAGCUCGGACGUGGAGCUCAUCGUGGACAUUUUACGCUCUCUGCCGUUGGUCCAGGUGGAUGAGAAGGGAGAGAAGGUGCGACCCAACCAGAACCGCUGCAUUGUGAUCCUCAGAGAAGUUCCGGAGAGCACGCCCGUCGACGAGGUGGAGGCUCUUUUUAAAGGAGACAGUCUACCGAAGUUCAUCAACUGUGAAUUUGCCUACAACGACAACUGGUUCAUCACCUUUGAGUCAGAAGCGGACGCACAACAGGCAUAUCAGUACCUCCGUGAGGAAGUGAAAACCUUUCAAGGGAAGCCUAUCAAGGCAAGAAUAAAGGCAAAGGCAAUCGCUCUCAACACUUUUAUGCCAAAGAACGGUUACCGGCCAGUGGAGGUGAACCCGUAUGCGCAGCAGCGUUACACCGCGUCUUACUACAUUCCGCCGGUGUACAGCCCCCAGCAGCAGUUCCCCCUCUACAGCCUCAUCACGCCGCAGGCCUGGUCGGCCACGCACAGCUUCAUCGACCCCGCGCUGGUUGCUCCAUUUCACAACAACCAAUUUAUCAAUGGAUUUGCAUCGGCCAGUUUUAAACCAGCGACUACUCCCGUCACUGUAAGACACCACUCUCCCCGGACCAGAAACCACAGCAAGCCUCACUUGAGGCCAGGGCUACCCACCGCCGAGCGCACGGGUCUCCUGGAGAGCCCCGGCCUGUUUCCAAGCUUCCCCAGCGACAGACUGAACGGCAUCCGCAGCAGCCCCCCCACGCGCUUCCCAACCAGCCAACCCAGAAGCAGGUUACCUGCCGCCUUUCCUCGCCGGGAGAUGGCGGGCACCGGGCGAGUGUCCGACUUUAGCACCGCCGACUACUCUACCCUGGGAAUGGGCAGAGGAAGGAAAAAGAGGGAUGAAAAGUUUACACGAGUGACACCUCAGUCGCCGCCACCGCCGCCACCUCCACCCAAAGCGCCGUCUCCGAGCUUUGAGUUGGGCAUGUCCAGCUUCCCCCCUUUGCCCGGAGCCGCCGGGCAUCUCAAAAGCGAGGACAUCUUUGACAACCGGCUGGUCAGCGGCGGCGUUCAUGCCACCCCGCCCGCCAAAGACAGAAAUGCAAGUGUGGACUCCAGUCCUGGAGUGACCCCCUCCUCAGUCGGCCCCAAAGAGCCUCUUCGGACACCCCCUUCUGCCUCGUCCUCUUCUAUGAUGCCCGUGAGCUACAUAUCUUCGCCUGCUACGCCCACCCCAGCGGCGGCCUCCACCUGGGUCCCCGCCAUGUGCUCGCCACCACCUCCCUCCCUCCCAGCCGAGGAAGCAAGGGUAUCGGAGGUAAAGCCCAAGGAGGUUCCGUUGUUUGUGGAGCGAGUUCCUGGGACUCUGUCUACAACCAGCAAGUCUGUGCAAGUGAACGGCGCCGCCACGGAGCAGAGGAAGCCUUCCUAUGCUGAGAUCUGCCAGCGGGCUAAGGAGCACCCCGGCCCGACGCAGCCUUCUGCCCCCAAGGAAGCCAAGCCGGCAGGCGCCGACCCAGCAGGCGAGGAGAAGAAAUGCCCCGACGGGGAGACGUGCCCGCCAUCAUCCAAGGGAAGACCCCCACGGGACGUCCGCCGACCGGCCGGCCGCUGGGCCUCACCGCCCCCGCCCAAGUCGCCGCUGUAGGAAGGGCAUCUCCUUCCUCCCGCUCUUCUCCAUUGACGCCUCGGAAACGACGUCAGGGCUACUCCAUUCUUCAACACGGGCAAAGAGGACACCUUCUUUUCUGGAUCAGGGCUCGCAGACGAAAAGCACUUUACUGUGCACGUAAAGCACCGUCUCGUUCAUUUUUACUUUCCCACUUUGAUUUUUGCCCCCC